AUCGCACAUCUGAACGCGACCAAAAGUCUUUAUAAACAGACUCUUUAGGUUUCAUAAGAGAAAACACAUCUCAUCACACCACCAAAACUCCACCGACCCGAUCCGAUCUCAUCUCACACCAUGGUUGACCCCGCGAACACCGUUGGAAUUCCGGUGAACCCAACACCGCUGCUGAAAGAUGAGCUCGACAUCGUGAUCCCCACCAUCCGUAACCUCGAUUUCCUCGAGAUGUGGAGGCCUUUCCUCCAGCCGUACCAUCUCAUCAUCGUCCAGGACGGAGAUCCCACGAAGAAGAUCCACGUCCCCGAGGGCUACGACUACGAGCUCUACAACAGGAACGACAUCAACAGGAUCCUCGGACCGAAAGCUUCUUGCAUCUCGUUCAAGGACUCUGCUUGUCGCUGCUUUGGGUACAUGGUGUCUAAGAAGAAGUACAUCUUCACCAUUGAUGACGAUUGCUUCGUUGCUAAGGAUCCAGCUGGGAAGGCUGUGAACGCUCUUGAGCAACACAUCAAGAAUCUUCUCUGUCCAUCGACUCCAUUGUUCUUCAACACCUUGUACGAUCCUUACCGUGAAGGUGCUGACUUCGUCCGUGGAUACCCUUUCAGUCUUCGUGAAGGUGUUUCCACUGCUGUUUCCCAUGGUCUCUGGCUCAACAUCCCUGACUACGAUGCUCCUACCCAGCUCGUCAAGCCCAAGGAGAGGAACACCAGGUAUGUGGAUGCUGUGAUGACCAUCCCAAAGGGAACACUAUUCCCAAUGUGCGGUAUGAACUUGGCUUUCGACCGUGAUUUGAUUGGACCAGCUAUGUACUUUGGUCUCAUGGGUGAUGGUCAGCCUAUUGGUCGCUACGACGAUAUGUGGGCUGGUUGGUGCAUCAAGGUGAUCUGUGACCACUUGGGAUUGGGAGUGAAGACCGGUUUGCCAUACAUAUACCACAGCAAAGCGAGCAACCCGUUUGUGAACCUGAAGAAGGAAUACAAGGGAAUCUUCUGGCAGGAGGAUAUCAUUCCUUUCUUCCAGAACGUGAAGCUGUCUAAGGAAGCAACAACUGUUCAGCAGUGCUACAUUGAGCUCUCAAUCUUGACCAUUGUUGCUCUCGAGCUCAAACCCUACGACGGAGAGGACGAGACACAAGGACUCCAAACGGCAAUGAAGGUGGAUCUAAGGUCUGUAGCGUUUUGCGGUGAUUCUUCAACGACGAAUGAGGCAAGAGUGAUGCGUAGGUUAUUUGCCGUUACAGUAGGAGCUAGCUGUUAUGGUAGAGCUAAGCGCGGUGGAGUGAUGCGGAGGCGAUGCUUCAACGACGAGUCGGCGGGGAAAGAGGAGCCAGCUCUUAGUGGACAGGUGUCAAUACGCCUUUCACUCUCCUCUGCUUCUUCGUUUCUCAAUCGUUCUCCGUCAACACCCGGGAGAGGAAACGAGGUUACUGCCGAAAGAGCACAAGCUGUUCUUGCUUGGGCCAAGUACUCUCUUUUGCACUCCAAGUGA